AUGGACUCCUCGCAUUACCGGAAAAUCGAACUUCAAUCUGCCGCAGACUUUACCUACCUUCACAGCAACACCGUUGCUCUCUCCCGCCAAAAACUAGACCUGCACCUACCCCCCUCCGCAGCCCCAAACAAUGAGCCCGAUCCUAUGCGCGAGCGCGUGCGCGAACUUGUGGACGAUUUCAUAACGCGCACAUUCACAUCCGCAUCCGCCUCCGUCUCGAUCAACGGGCUGGACUCGUCAUCACCGGAGUUUCCUUUCCCAGCAGCAUUUACUGCGCCAACAGAGCUGGAAACGGUGGAGUACGAGCCAUUUGACGGGAAGUUAGCGGCGCGGGUUGCGUCGUUGUAUGCGCAGCUUGAGUCGUUAACUACAACGGUCGCGCAGUUGAGGAGGGAUGCGCCGCGACGGGCGGCGAGGGAAUACGCGAAAGAGCUGGGGAGGAUUAUUGAGGAGGAGGAUAAGGAAUUCAACAAUGAGGAAGACGAUGCGGAUGUUGGAAUGAACGAUGCAGACGCGGAUAGAAAUCAAGACCAACUGCAAACGCAACCGGAAGAAGACGUUGCUAAUAUUAAUGAAGGGGAGAGGAGACGGCGGGGGAAAGUCUCCAGGAAGGAGUGGAAUCUUGAUAUUCCCCUUGGAACAGAACAGGAAGCGGAGCGGUGGCGGAAUGGGGAGAUGGCAGAGGUUUACGAGGAUACAUUGCGGACACUCCUUCGGCUGCAGGGCGAGCCUGUACCGGGGAAUGACGAUGCUAUGUCCAGGUCUGAUGGUGUGGAUGGUAAUGCGCUGGCAUCUACAGUAGGCAAAGCUGAGCGAGCCGGGCGGGCGGUUGAGUUUGUGGAAAAGAUCUGA